AUGACUAAAUUAAUCUAUGAGAGAAGUAAUCAGUCAUCAACCCUGGAAUUUAUCCUCCUGGGAAUUAAUGGUCAACAGGAACCAGAUUUCUUCUGCUUCUUUCUUCUCUUCUUCUUCUCCUUCUCCUUCUUCUUAUUUGUUUACCCCAUCACACUGAUUGGAAAUGUGCUCAUCAUCUUGGCCAUUUACUCUGACAUUCACCUUCACAACUCAAUGUAUUUUUUCCUUGCCAACCUCUCUUUGGUUGACAUCUUCUUCUCACCUGUAAGCAUCCCUAAGAUGAUAGCCAGCCAUCUCUUGGGCAGCAAAGUCAUCUCCUUUGGAGGAUGCCUAACACAGAAGUAUUUCAUGCUUGCCAUGGCUAACACAGACAGCCAUAUGUUGGCUGUGACUGCAUAUGAUCGAGCUGUGGCCAUCAGCUGCACACUCCACUACACAAUUGUGAGUCCAAAGUCUUGUGUCCUGCUACUUGUUGGGUCUUGGAUGGUUGGAAACACCAAUUCCCUCCCCCACACUCUGCUCACAGCUAGUCUGUCCUUCUGUGGCAACCACGAAGUGGCCAACUUCUACCGUGACAUUGCCUCUUUGCUCAAGCUGUCCUGUUCUGACAUCCACCUUAAUGUGAAGAUGACGUACCUGGGGGUUGGUGUUUUCUCUGUGCCACUGUUGUGCAUUGUUAUCUCUUAUAUUUGGUUUUUUUCCACAGUCUUAGGGGUUCCAUCCACCACGGGUGUGCUCAAAGCCUUCUCCACUUGUGGUUCUCACCUCAGAGUUGUUUCUUUGUAUAAUGGGAUAAUCAUGGGCAUGUAUUUAUGUCCUCUGACUAGGUACAGUCUAAAGGAUGCAGUGAUAACUGUGACGUACAUGGCAGUGACCCCAAAGUUAAAUCGUUUCAUCUCUAGUCUGAGAAAUCGGGACACGAAGGCUGCCCGGUGGAAACUCUUCAGCAAGAGGAUCUCCUCAUGCCGGGUGAGGGCUCGCGUCGGAGACUGCAACAUGCACUUGAAAGUCCGCCCUCAACAUCACCAAUCUGAAAGUGAAUAUCCACUGAGCACUUUCGAUCUUCUUCGUGAAAGCAGCGUGUGCAGUCUGCUUCUGGCCCGCCACCUGGGCCCCUCCUCCAAGGAAACACACUUUCUGAUUUUGCCAGACCAAAAAGAAAAUCUGGGAUGCAAGGCUCCAACAGAAGAGAAAUGUGGGCUGAUGCCAUGCUGGCAGUGGGUGGACCUGCUCUACAUCUUCUGGGGAGACUGGAGCCCAGUGUGGGCCAUGGUCAACUCGAGCUGA